GCCGGACGCUCCGGGAGCCGAGGGGGGCGGGGGGAGCUGCGCCGCGGGCGCCGCCGCCUCCACCGCCUGGAACGCAGGGGUGGGGGACGGACGAGCCCCGAUGCCGGGGGAGACGGAGGAGCCGCGAUCCCCGGAGCAGCAGGACCAGGAAGGGGGCCCAGCAGCGGCGGCCGACGCGGCUUCGGGGGAGCUCCGGCCCGGCGCGGCGGCGGCGGCGGCGCCUGUAGAGACCGCGAGCAGCCGCGUGCUGAGGGGAGGUCGGGACCGCGGCCGGACCGCUGCGGCCGCCGCCGCCGCCGCUGCCGUUGUGUCCCGCCGGAGAAAGGCCGAGUAUCCCCGCCGGCGGAGGAGCAGCCCCAGCAACAGGCCUCCCGACGGCUCCGGGCAUCAGCCCGCGGCCGCGAAGCCCCCGUCUCCUGCUCAGGGCAAGAAGAGUCCGCGACUCCAGUGUAUAGAAAAAAUAACAACUGAUAAAGAUCCUAAGGAAGAGAAAGAAGAUGAUUCUGUCCUCCCUCAGGAAGUUUCCAUUACUACAACUAGAGCUAGCCGGAGCUGGCGCAGUAGUAGCAGGACCUCUAUCUCUCGCCUUCGAGACAGUGAGAAUACUCGGAGCUCUAGGUCCAAGACUGGCUCAUUGCAACUCGUCUGCAAGACAGAACCAAUUACUGAUCAACUUGAUUAUGAUGUUCCAGAAGAGCAUCAGUCUCCCGGUGGCAUUAGUAGUGAUGAGGAAGAGGAGGAGGAAGAAGAAAUGUUAAUCAGUGAAGAGGAAAUACCAUUCAAAGAUGACCCAAGAGAUGAGACUUACAAGCCCCACCUUGAAAGGGAAACUCCGAAGCCACGGAGAAAAUCAGGGAAGGUGAAAGAAGAGAAAGAAAAGAAAGAAAUUAAAGUGGAAGUAGAAGUAGAGGUCAAAGAAGAAGAGAAUGAAAUUAGGGAAGAUGAGGAGCCUCCCAGGAAGAGAGGGAGAAGGCGAAAAGAUGACAAAAGUCCGCGAUUACCCAAAAGGAGAAAAAAGCCUCCAAUCCAAUAUGUCCGUUGUGAGAUGGAAGGAUGUGGAACUGUUCUUGCUCACCCUCGCUAUUUGCAGCACCACAUUAAAUACCAGCAUUUGCUGAAAAAAAAAUAUGUAUGUCCCCAUCCCUCCUGUGGACGACUCUUCAGGCUCCAGAAACAACUUUUGCGACAUGCAAAGCAUCAUACAGACCAGAGGGAUUAUAUCUGUGAAUAUUGUGCUCGGGCCUUCAAGAGUUCUCACAAUCUGGCAGUACACCGGAUGAUUCAUACGGGCGAGAAGCCAUUACAAUGUGAGAUAUGUGGAUUUACUUGUCGACAAAAAGCAUCUCUUAAUUGGCACAUGAAGAAACAUGAUGCAGACUCCUUCUACCAGUUUUCUUGCAAUAUCUGUGGCAAAAAAUUUGAGAAGAAGGACAGUGUAGUGGCACACAAAGCAAAAAGCCACCCUGAGGUGCUGAUUGCAGAAGCUCUGGCAGCCAAUGCGGGCGCCCUCAUCACCAGCACAGAUAUCUUGGGCACUAACCCAGAGCCCCUGACACAGCCUGCUGAUGGUCAGGGGCUUCCUCUUCUUCCUGAGCCCUUGGGAAACUCAACAGCUGGAGAGUGCCUACUGCUAGAAGCUGAAGGGAUGUCAAAGGCAUACUGCAGUGGGACAGAACGGGUGAGCCUUAUGGCUGACGGGAAGAUCUUUGUGGGAAGUGGCAGCAGUGGGGGCACUGAAGGGCUGGUCGUGAACUCGGAUAUACUCGGUGCUACCACAGAGGUUCUGAUUGAAGAUACAGACUCUACUGGACCCUAGUGCAAAGGAAGACUUUGGGCACUGGGACAGUGCAGACUUUGUAUUUAAAAGAUAAAAAGGACAAAAAAAAUUUAAAGCAUUUAAAAAUCUAGUAAAAUAACUGAAGGGCCUGCUCUUUGCAUUGUGGAUCACAACACACACACACACACACACACACACACACACACACACACACCCCAUCCCCAUUCCCUGAACUCCCUUUCCUCAUCCUUAAAAUAUUGAUGUAGCCUUUACCAGAAAGGUUGAUGAAAAAGCAGCAACAUACUAGGUUCCAGCCAGCAGCAGACUUCUGCUCAUUGGCAGAUCGCCUUUUUCCCAACCUAUAACUCUGAUGUGCUCUGGAUCAGCUUUGAACUCAUAAUAGUAUAUUACUAUCAUCUAAAUCUUUUCUCCUCUACUACUGCCCUAUGACUCUGGCUUCUCCCCACUGCAACAACCAACACUUACCCUCAAAUAUUAUAUAAUUCUAUUUUCUGGAGGCUGGCAGCUUGACUUGGCACUUUAGGGCCCCUUGGCAGGAUGCUGUUAAAACAGCACACAUCUCUCACCCCUCUUCCAUUACUCACUGGGUUUGGGGAGGGAAGGAUACAUGGGGACCACCUCCCUCCCUUUCAAUGGAUCCCAACACCUCAGUUCCCCCCACUCCUGAACCUCCAUAAUGCUCUUAAUGGUGCUCACUUGCUUGGAAGCAGGCUCCCAAGAGAGAGGGGACUGCCCUCUGUACAGUCUUUCUGGCUGAAAGAUAGGGCUCUGUGUCAGUGAGAAAAGUCCCAGGCUAAUGGCAGAAAUUUGCACUUUUAACAUGUGUGUUUUUGUGUUGUGGAACCUGAGAUUCCUUAUUUAUUAAUGGAAAGUCUGAUUUUUUUGGGGGGAGGGUCUUUGUUGCUAUGUUUUGUGGGGCUGGGAGAGUAGAUUAUUCUGACAUGGGAUCCUUCCUACACGAGGUACUCUGAAGGCCAGGCUUAGAGUUAAAGAAGCACAGCCAGCCUCUAAAAUCAUAGUUCUCCAGUGGCCUUUAAAGAAAGCUGGUCCCCAGCACUAACAGAAUCACUACAGUAGCCUAGUGCUUUUUUGGAAGCCUUAGGGAAGUUUGAUAGGUUUGUGGUAACAAGUGUGCUCUUUGAGAUUUUUAAGAGCAUUUGAGAUACAAGAAUUUUGAGGGAUGAGGAAUGUUGGUCAAGGUCUGAAUCACACAUAAAAGAUUUUCUUCUGUGAAUUUAUCUUCUCUUGUCUUCACCAUUUCUUUGCAUAUAUAUCCCUGCUGGCCCCUUGUUUUGAUUUUGGUUUUUGUUUUGUUUUUGGUCAUUCCAGCUCUCAGUGGAAGACCAGACCCUGUCAUUCAUGAAGGAACAAAAUCUAAAAGUUCUAGAGAUUUGGUUCAGAGUAAACUGUUGUAUCUUAUCUAUCUCCUCUUUAGAAGAGAUGAAGCUUCAAUAGACAAAAACAAAAGUAAAAAUCUGUAUGAUGAUGUUUUUUGGCUUUCCCCAGAAUUAUCUAUUUUCCUCUGAGUAGAGAUUUUAAUGCCUUGUGGCAUUAAAAUUACUGUCAUUGGGAGACACAGUUCAUGUUUUUACAUGCUUCUACCUCUCAAAAGACUAAAACCCUAAUUCAGCUUAUUUUUUUGAAAAUUAGGAGUACAGUUCUUCCCUGUGUACUUCAGAAUCAGCCAUUGAAGACUUAGCCAUUUGUUGUCAGAAACACAUGAUGACUAUUGGGAAAAAUAAGAGUUUGACUGAGAACAAAAUAAGGAACAGCUUGUUUUUCACAAACACUAAAACUGUGGAGUUUAUCAAAUUUUCUCUGCUUGAUUUUUUUUUUCCCCCAAAAGGAGAAUAGCAAAAUGUCAUCUCUGAAAGACGCUUACUAUACACCCACCUUUGUCGGUGGUUGGGAUGCCAGGGAGAGGGAGGAAGACACCUACAGGAACAAUCUUAAACACAUUAUUGUUUCCUCUAGAGUGUUGCGGACUUAGUCAUCCCUCUCAUGUGAGGGGAGAAAAGGCAUGAAGACAAGGCUUUCCUGCUCGACAGAGUUUGCAGUUGACUUUGGUGCAUUGCAUAGAUUUGAAAAUACUGUAAGAGUAAUUAAAAAUGGAUCUGCAACAAAGUUGCUCCACUUGACACUGUUUAUCUAGUAUCUGCUAGUCCUACUCUUAGCCUUUGUUUUUCACAUUUAGAUUGUCUCCAUAAAUUAGAGUGGUUACUCAUCAGAUAGAGCCACCCACCGAAAAGCAAACUGCAUUGAAAAUAUCUCACUUUUCUGGGAUGGGGAAAAAUAUGUUCUUUUCUGUACUUCACUCCCCUCCCCAUAAAAGCAACUAGUUCUAAUACUUAGAAACUUCCUGUCCUCUCAUGGGGGUUGGGGUGGGGCUUAAAGGGGGCUGGGUCAUCUUAGCUGCUAUCUGUUGGCAAUAAGUUUUUUUUAGCAGUUUACAAUAAAUUUUUCAUGAACUUCAUAUUCCUUUUGAGAGCUAGUGCUAGCAUAAUAAAAGUGUAUGAGCAAACUAAGCCCCUACCCAUUUCCUUUUUUCCCAUGCCAUUCAUUUAAUUGUCCUUCGAAGGAGUCCUUUUAAUCUUGAAAAUCGAUAAUUCAUACUGAUGGUUUGUUAUCUUUUAAAUCAUACCUCCAUCUUCAAUUGGCAAUUCUAAAUUCUUAGAUAUAUAGUUGUGAUAAUUACUCGGUAUUUCUGGGAGUUAUGCACCCUCCUUGCUUGCAUUGCUAGCAUAUUUUGUAUAAUUAGACCCUAACACAUUUUACAGGGUUUAGUCAGACACUGGCUGGGAGUCCUGGGAAUGAGCAGAGAAAACAUCAGCAUAGAGCACUUGGACCUCCCUUGCACCUGUUCAGAGGAAGAACAACUAUAUACCACCAACCUAAGUGAGGUCUUACAGCCCUGCUGCAGGGCUAAUUUCCCUCCUUCCUUUCUAUCAAUUUUCCACUAUACUCAAGAAAAUUGGAAAAUUGUAAUGGGGCAGUUAUAUUUCCUGAAACUUUUUGCCUGUUGAAAUGUGCAGGACCCUUUUCCUGUGAUGAGAGAUAGGUGGUUACUUGAUCUAGGUUUAAAAGUUAUGUAAAAGAAAAAAAAUUAUAAUAAAAGGGAUACUUUGCUUUUAAAAUCUUGUUUCCUUUUAAUCUAGGUAAUCAUAUUCAAAAUAAGUAUGUAAAGAAGAAAAAUAAAAGUUGUCUUCCUGGAAGCAACUGGUCUUCCUUGGUUGUACUGAGUUAGUCAUGCGAGGAUAAAACAGUUGAUGCUGCUAAAUGAGGAAAACAUGCCCCUUUUGUAUGGUGCUAUUUGCUCUUUGUUAAGAGUUGGGAAGGCUUCUAAUGCAGAGAAGCCUUGUAGCUUUGUGUUUGGCAGACUCCAAAGGGUGUUUUGUUUGCUUUCUAGGGGGUGUUAAGGAUACUAUGAAGUACAGUUUACUCUGAUAAUGACAAAACCGUGGUUGCAUUUAAGACCAGUGCUUCUUAACAAAGCUUUUAUGUCAAAUUCUACCUUUAAAAAAAAGAAAACAUAAUUCAACCUUGCUAAAAAGUUCUAUGGCAGCCAUUUCUCACCCAUGUCAAUUUGCUACUGAGAUGGCAAGUGUUCGAACUUCUUGGCAAUAUCUGUGAUAUAAAAUGGGGACAUUGACUUCACUGACCUAUUUCGGGUUGAAACUUUGAAACUUGAGCCUAUUAACUUCACCCACUAAGUGCAGUACAAUAGAAUGACAGGUCUGUAAGACCUUUUUAACUCUUUUGUCUUCAUUUCAAAGCCUUGUUCAUUACCUUGCUAGGCAUGGAGAAUGACUGGGACUGGGAAGAAAAAGAAGCAUGUUGUCACUUGAGUGAAAGUGCCUGAGAAAUGUUACCAAGUUUGGGUUGGGUGUUUCCUUUGGGAGGGAACAGGCCUAAACAGUGUCUUUCACAUCCUGUAGCUACCAGGAAGGCACCAUGAUUGAGAUUAGAGAUGCUCCUUUAGCUAAUUUUUAAACAAGUCUAAACCUUACAAAUAAUGGGAACGGAAAGAUGACUACAGACGACCUGUAUCACAUAGUCUUUGUUUUUUGCACAUAUCAGGAGCUACCCAAAGAAAUUGUAAAGUCAGUGUGAGGUGGGGGAAAAUAAAGCCAAAGACCAAUGCAGAAAUAUGAAUCUAGUUUAUUGUAUUAAUUUCUUAGAUAAAAGUUACUUAGAUAAAAGACAUCAAAUGAGAAAACUACCCCCAAGACUAAUAUUCAGCCCAGAAUUAAGACUCCAAUGAAGUUUAAAUGUGUAGCAUAAUAUCUGACUCAUUUAAUAAAUGACACCUAUUUCAAUACUACAUUUUGCUAGGAUAAAACAAAUUAAAAUAUAGUGAGCAUAGGAAGCAGAAUAGUAAAAUCAAAUUAUAUGUGUAAAUACCAGACUACAUUAGGCAUGGGUGGGUGUCAGGAGGAUUAGAGUGAUAGUGACCUUGUUGCUAAGUACAAAAGCAAAACAAUGACAUAAAAACAAGUGCUAAGUACUAAGUGGAGGAGAGAUGAAGGCAGACGCUGCGGAAAAAAAAAAGACUGAUUAAAAGGGCCUUUUGAUUCCACAGGCACAAAAUCCACAGCCAGGAAUUUGCUGCCACCUCUGAGUCAGGCAGGGGGUGGGGAUGGGGGUGCACAAUCCCAUUAGAGAAUGCCCAGUAGAUUUAGUCUGUGGGAGUCACAUUUCUUAUUUGGACUAGUGAAGACAGAAGCAAACCAGCUCACUUGUUUCCUGGGACAGUUGAUUUAGGGGAUGGCUUUCGCAGAGCAAUCACCUUCACCGGCGGGACCUCUGUAGCCGCUCUAUCUGGCUAGCAAGGAAGAUUCGUUCAGACCUGACUGCUCUUAUGGAAUCUUAUGUAAAACAUCAGGGCCUGAAUAAAAAUAUCAGCCUUGACUCAGUGGAUGGUGUACCAGUGGCAAGCACUGAUCGCUGGAGUGAGAUGACUGAGGCAGAGCGACUCCAAGAGAACCUCCAGGCUUACCGUACCUUCCAAGGGAUGUUAACCAAGCUUUUAGAAGACCAGAGAGUGCAUUUCACCCCAACUGAAGGUGACUUCCAUCAGGCAAUACAUACUCUUACGCUCCAAGUUUCUGCCUUCGCCUACCAGCUAGAGGAGUUAAUGGUGCUUCUGGAACAAAAGGUCCCCGAAAAAGAGGCUGAGGGGAUGCCUGUCACAACUGGAAAUGGUGGCCUCUUUGAGAAGAAGCUGUGGGGCUUGAAGGUCCUUCAAGAGCUUUCACAGUGGACUGUGAGGUCUAUCCAUGACCUCCGUGUCAUUUCUUCUCAUCACAUGGGAAUCUCAGCACAUGAGAACCAUUAUGGGGCCAAGCAAAUGUAGCUGUUAACCCUUCCCUCUGUCUCCCUCUUUGAUCUAAUGGAAUAUCGGUAAUUCCCAGGGGCCUAGUUUUCUCAGCAUCAAUUUUGGAAAACCUUAGACCACAGGCAUAUUUUAUCAAGUAGGGUUGACCCACAUAUGAACAGAAGAUAUACAUGAUUAUUCUGGCUAUGCAUAUAUGUAUACAUGAUUUUGUUUGUAUUGGUGGUAUAAUAAAGUAUAAUAAGGGCAUUAUCCUUC